UAGGCGCGCAUAAACACACCUAUCGCGGAGAAUGGGGCUCUGCUCAGCGAAGAAUUGGGAUGGUCCCAGUUUGAGUCGCGGAGGAGUCUCCUAAGAAACAUUUAGCUUCUCUCCUCCCGAGCCGGCGCCUUGCCCGGGGCGCACCGGGAGGAGGGACCAGGAUUCGGUGCCCGGGCGCAGAUACUGACACCAAGGGAAUCCGAGUGCCCCUCCCCACGCCAUGUGGGCCCCCGGGAACCCAGCUCCGCCACCCAGGCUGCCCCAUGGCCCUGGCCUCAGUCCUGGCCCGGCGGAGAUCCUGCGGAAAUUCAGGUCCCAAACGCAAGCUGCUUCCCUCCCCCCAUUCAAUUUUUGGGGCUGUGGCAACCUAAAAGAGGGAUUGACUUCGCCACUGAGCCCUCAGGCCUCCGCCAGCCACCACCCCCACGCCCCUAGACAUCCUCGGCGGGCCCCAGUCCCGGCUCCAUUGGUGCUCUCGCCCCUGCCGCAGCUAUGCUGCACACCGAGGGCCACGCUCUUCUUCGGGCCGUGGGUCAGGGUAAGCUACGCUUGGCCCGUUUGCUUCUGGAGGGAGGCGCCUACGUGAAUGAGGGUGAUGCCCAGGGGGAGACUGCACUAAUGGCGGCCUGUCGGGCCCGUUACGACGACCCCCAGAACAAGGCGCGCAUGGUUCGCUACCUCCUGGAGCAAGGUGCAGACCCCAACAUCGCAGACCGCCUGGGGCGCACCGCGCUGAUGCACGCUUGCGCCGGGGGUGGGGGCGCCGCGGUGGCCUCGCUGCUCCUUGCCCACGGUGCAGACCCCUCUGUGCGAGAUCACGCGGGCGCCUCGGCGCUUGUUCAUGCCCUGGACCGUGGGGACCGCGAGACCCUUGCCACGCUGCUGGACGCCUGUAAGGCCAAGGGCACCGAGGUCAUCAUCAUCACCACCGACACCUCGCCCUCGGGAACCAAGAAGACACGGCAGUAUCUCAAUUCCCCACCGUCCCCGGGGGUGGAGGACCCUGCUCCCGCUCCUCCUAGCCCCGGGGUCUGCACGUCGCCUUCAGAAAUCCAACUGCAGACUGCAGGAGGAGGAGGAGGAGGGGGAGGUGAAGGAGAAGGAGCAGGAGGAGGAGGAGGAGGAGGAGGACGGGGGUUGCUGUCCCCUCGCGCUCAGGAAGAAGAGGAGAAGCGGGACGUAUUCGAAUUCCCUCUUCCUAAGCCCCCUGAUGACUCCUCCCCUUCUGAGCCGCUCCCCAAACCACCCCGUCACCCUCCAAAACCUCUCAAAAGGCUCAACUCCGAGCCCUGGGGCCUAGUGGCCCCUCCUCAACCGGUCCCACCCACGGAAGGGAGGCCGGGGAUCGAGCGCCUGACCGCGGAAUUCAACGGCCUGACUCUGACCAGUCGACCCCGUCUUUCCAGGCGUCACAGCACUGAAGGUCCGGAGGAUCCGCCCCCGUGGGCGGAGAAAGUGACGGGUGGGGGUCCUCUCUCUCGCCGAAACACUGCGCCUGAAGCUCAGGAGUCUGGUCCGCCUUCAGGGCUGAGGCAGAAACUGAGCCGCAUGGAGCCGGUGGAGCUCGAUACCCCCGGAAAUAUUUGCCCCGACUCGCCGGAGUGCAGCCGCUUGUCCCUGGAGCGCCGCCGAUACAGCGCCUCCCCGCUGACCCUCCCUCCAGCCGGCUCGGCUCCCUCCCCGCGCCAGUCUCAGGAGAGUCUGCCGGGGGCUGUAUCUCCGCUGAGCGGACGGAGGCGGAGUCCCGGGCUGCUGGAGCGGAGGGGCUCGGGGACGUUGCUCCUGGACCACAUCGCGCAAACGCGGCCUGGUUUCCUGCCUCCGCUCAACGUCAGCCCCCACCCUCCCAUCCCCGACAUUCGCCCCCAGCCCGGAGGUCGGGCGCCUUCGCUGCCCGCCCCUCCCCAGGCGGGGGCGCCAGGCUCUCCUAGGACCAAACGCAAGUUGGUGAGGCGCCACUCAAUGCAGACUGAGCAGAUCCGCCUGCUAGGGGGCUUCCAGAGUCUAGGCGGGCCAGGGGAGCCAGGGCGCUGAGACGAGUGAGAGGAACCAAGGAGCGUAGGGAUCAGGACCUUGAUGGGACAGGUGGGAGAACCAGCUCACACACACACCACGGACAUAGGGGUCUUUUGCAUGUGCUGCUGGGCACGGUGCACGCACACAUGAGUAAAAAAAGUGUCCACAAGCACAGUACUCUUAUUCGCAGGGAAGGGUAAGUACUCUCUUUAUUGGGCAUAUAGACACAUGCAUUCAUGUCCUGGUCACUUCACAUGCAUAUGGGAAUACUUGUGUACCCAGCCAUAGAAAUGGCACACACAGGGCCACUUGUGCUAGGGCCCCAAGUGGGUCCCAAAGUCACUUGCAUUCGUUCAGAAGCAGUAGGAAAACCCUACUUAUGGAUAGUCUCCAAUCUCUUUGCCCUUUUGCAGAGGCAGUCCCCUGCUUUCCAUGUUAUGCCCUGCAACAGCCCGUUCAUGACUUUGCACAUCUACCCUCUUCCUGGAUAUCCCAUCCCGUUGUGUAGGUCUUGCUUCUCUCUCCAGGCCUGGCUCCUUGUUCACACCCUGCUUCCAGCUCUAACCACUUUUCAGGAUAUCUUCUUCACCCUCCUUGGGAUUUUCCUGCAGCAAUCCUCAGCCUCAGUUCUGCUGCUACCCUUCUGGCUCUCAGCUUUACUUCUCAACUUCCUGCUUUUUAUUCCCACCUUCCUCCCCCAACCAACACAGCAGGUUGUCUCAUUUUCCCAAGGAGUGGGUCAUGGGCUCUAUGCUGCUCUUCUGUCUGAGCUUAUGAACACCCCCACAGGUAGAAGUGGGGAGUAACCCUAAAUCACUCCUCUCUCCACUUGACAUAUCAAAUAAAUGUGUUCAGAAGUC